CCGUGGCUCUCUCUGACUCUCCCCGCCCCGGCACAGGGACAGCUACGGGGGGCCGAGCCGGCAGAGCCGGAAGAAGACAGACGAGGAGGAGAAGCUGCUCAAACUGCUGCAGGGGAUCCACAAACCCCAGGACGGCUUCACGCAGUGGUGUGAGCAGAUGCUGCACGUCCUGAACAGCUCCAGCACCCUCGAUGUCCCCACGGUGGUGGCGUUCCUGAAGGAGAUGGAGUCCCCCUACGACGUUCACGACUUCAUCCGCUCCUACCUGGGCGACACGGUGGAAGCCAAAGAGUUUGCCAAGCAGUUCCUGGAGCGGCGCGCCAAGCAGAAAGCCAGCCAGCAGCGCCAGCAGCAGCAGGAAGCCUCGUGGCUCAGCUCCGGCAACCUGCCCUCCCCGUUCCCGGCCAACCACGGCACCAAACAG